AGAUGGUGAAGAGUCUCCAGAGCAGAGGGCAGAAUUUCACCAUGGACGGGAAGGGAGAGCUGCUCGUUGUGAAUGAGAUCUCGGGAGAAAAGAUCCCUGGACCCAACAUUCUUGUCAAGAGCGCUCUGCCGCCGAACCAGACGACAGAAGUCUUUCAUGAGGAGUCGAAGAUCCGGCACGUCGAGCAAGAGAGCAGCUCCAUCAAGCCCGAGAAGUUCUUUGUCCCCUCGGACACUGUGCAGCCACCUGCCAUGCAGACUCACGUACUGGCUUCCGGCGUUACUUUGAAGGAAGGUGCUGCUGUGAAGUCAGGCCCUCCAAGGGAGCGAGACAACCUCAGGAUGACCCGCAACGAGUACAAGACCCUCGUAGAGUCAGACUUCGCUUCCCUAGAUCAAUCUUUCCGCAAGGAACCGACCAACCUCCAGGAGAGCAAAGAGAAAGUGGACAACAGCAAGCAGCUUGAGCGGGUGAAGUCCACGGAUUCAGGUUCGAAGCAGCAGCAGCAGCAGCAGCAGCAGCCGCAACAACAGCAGCAGCAGCAGCAGCAGCAGCAGCAGGAAGCUGCAGGCUCACCAGGCGCAUCGGCACAGAGCGGGAAGCAAGGAGGCAAACAAGCACCGGCGCAAGGAGGGAAGCAGGAGAAGGAGAAGGUGCAGGAAGCGUCGAAGGAGGAGGCGAGCUACGAUUGGGAGAAGCAAGACUUCUAUGCCAAGGACAAACUCAUCGUCCCUGACCCCUCUGCUCGGAUCAAACCGGACGAGAGGGUGAGAAGGACGACGGUGGGAGCGCAGGUGCCCAAGGAAUUCCUUCCUCCUCCCAUCUUCCCUGGUGCUCAUGGACAUGGAGUCGUCACUUCAUACCUGGCGAGCGAGAACAAGUAUGUCCGAGACACGAGCAUGGUACACCGGCGGUCGAUCGACGAGUCCAAGUCGCCGAACUCGCUGAGCCCAAUCAAGGGGGUGGGGGCUGAAGGAUCGAACGUCGACCUGGGACAGGCGUCUUGGAAAGACGAAGAGGACAGGGCACAGAAAGUUGUCUACGAUUAUCCUCGGCAGUUUCCCAAGGGGAAGAAGCCAACAAUCAAGACGGGCAACCUCAAGAUUCUGCGAGAUCUUCAAGGAGGAUCAUGACAGGAGCAGGAAAAGUAAACACUAGACCAUGUC